GGAAGUGAACGAAGGAUUCAAGAUGGCGGCUUCCUUCCCGGUCUGGAUUGGCGGACUGUCAGAAGACGUGACGGAGAAUGUUUUGCUUGAGUUGUUUAAUAAGUUCGGUCCCGUGAAAGACGUAGUAAUCCUACGGGAUGAGAGUGGAAAGUCUAGGCAGUCGGGUUUUGUCAAUUUUUGGUCUUCAGAUGUUGCGGAGGCCGCAAAUGUGGGAAUGAAUGGUUGCGAUAUUUUGGGAAAAAUUGUAGAAACGAAAUACGCCAAAGAGGUCACUACAAAUUAUAGUAAAGUCCACAUGGUCAAGGUUAAUGCAAGCCAAAAAAAGUUAAACAGUAGGAAGCUUGCGGACUGUUCAUAUUUUAUCGAUAAAAAAGAUUGUCCCUUCAAAACUGGUCAGUGCCCUUAUCGUCACAGUGCAGCAGCAUUGUUAUCAACUGUUGAAUGUGAGAAAUGGAAGAGUAAACUUUGUGAAGAUGUCAACUGUUCUUCAAAACAUUCUAAAAACAACACAGUAAAAUACCAGACAGUUCCCCCACCUAGAUGUCCAAGCCACAAUGCUUUCAAAUGUAACGGGGAGUGUGGAUCUGAGGAAUGCGAUACUCACUUUAUGGAGAUGGAAGCCAUGAAGGAACACAUCAAAAGAGGGAAGGAGAGAAAACAUUUGCCCUCAGGGGCAUGUGGCGUGUGCAAAGCUGUUUUCUUUAGCGACGAAGAAAGGCAGCGCCAUGCAUGCCUCAACCCUAAGCACCAUUCUGGACAACCUGUUAAAAUACCGCUGUACCACCCUACACCCAUCUACACUUCCUCCCAACCACACAGCCACCACACUACUCUAUUUAGCAAAAAGCCUGCUGUACGUGGCUCUCUAACUGCUGGAGCUAAUGCUUUAAAAUCGAGCACUACAUGCUUUUCUUGUGGAGACAGCUAUGAGCAUUCUGGAGACUCCCUGAGUAGUUUUGAGUGCGGCUUGGAUGGGGUGGGAUUUGGUGGUCAUAGAUGUCCUAAUUCACCUUCCGUGAGGAAUAUUAAUAGCGAGGAACCUAUUGGUGUGUUUUGGGAUAUUGAGAACUGCCCAGUACCUCGUGGGAAGUCAGCACUAUCCGUGGUGGGGAAGAUUAGAAAAGUAUUUUUCGCUAAUAAGCGGGAGGUGGAGUUUAUGUGUGUGUGCGACAUCAAUAAGGAGAAAAAGGAAGUCAUAGAAGAUCUCAACAAGGCUCAGGUGACUGUUGUACACAUCAACGCAACAUCAAAGAAUGCUGCUGAUGACAAACUGCGUCAGUCACUUCGCCGCUUUGCACAAUCCUACCCUUCCCCUGCCACGGUCAUCCUUGUGUCUGGCGAUAUCAACUUUGCGGCAGAGCUCUCUGACCUGCGCCAUCGGCAUAAUCUCACUGUUGUCUGUUUGCACAAUGCUCAUGCACAGACAGCACUGCUUGCUUGUGCACACGAGAACAAGCGCUUUGACCUGUUCACUGCUGACCUGCCAAUCAUUGCAACAACGCCUAAUAGGACUGGUGAUGAAUCAGGCCUGUCCACUGAGCUCACAAUCCUUAAUCUUCCUGUUGGGAAAGACGUCGCUCACAUCAAGUCGAGGCUGAGGCAGCUAUCUGAUAACUGUGGGGGUCAUGUGAUUAGUGUUACAGGGCGAACAGCUGCUAUUAGAUUCGCCAACCACCCAAGCGCUGCAAGGGCUAAGAAGAGGAUUGAUGGAGAGGACGUGUUUGGUUCAGCAAUACAGGUAGUCUAUUCAUCAGUGAACGGUUCAAGCCCUCUCAAGGGAAGCCCACUGAAAUCAAGACGUGCUAUGGACCCCAAGGACCCAGCAACUCCGUCCAGGAAACUCAGCAACUUUAUACCAAUCGUCACUAGAGAUAAGCCUACCAGACCAUUGCCGGUCAAAAGUAAUAAUAACCCAGGGUCUGGUCUGGAAAAUUCGGAAUGGAAUCGCUAUGUGAAGAACCCUGCUGGAGUGCAAGUGGAUGACGAUGAUCCCUUGGAGGACUUCACAGGGAAGCCCUUAAGAAUAGUCUCUCAGUCUGCUACAACAUCUAUACACCCAACCACAACUUGCAGUGCCACCUACGCCUACCCAACAAUGUGGCAGCAACAUCCAUAUUACCCUGGGGUCAUCAAUAUCCCCAGCCACAGCGGUGCCUUCCCUGCGAUGAACCCCCUCAUGAUGGGAGGUCACCACCUGACCACGCCCUGGCUGGCAAGUCUGCAUAACUUUACCAUGCUCGAUCAGCAGCGAGGAGGGAUUGACUUGCUUGUGGGGAACCUUGAUGAGACGGUCAGUAAGAAGGAGCUAAAGAAGAAGUUGGCAUCAGUGUUCAGGGAACACUGCAAGGUGUACUCGGUGGUUCUCCACGCAGGAGAAGACAUGCCUUUGCGAGCCUUCGUCAAAGUCCCAAAACUUCCGGACGCCCAGAUUGCAAUGUCAAAGGUCCACAAUCAACAGAUAUUCAAUACUGCUGUCACUGUCACCAUAGCAACCGAAAAGGAGAAGGAGCUGUGCUUCCUACGCUGUGAAGUGACGUCAGUUCUGAAGGAAGCUCCCUUACACUGGAUGCCGCUCACUAAGUUCCUGAGCGAGUUUUAUGAGAAGUGCUCACAUGCCUUUGACAUGAGCUCUAUAGGCAUGCUUCCUGAUCUGGUAGUCAUUCUUGGAAAGCCUGGAAGUCAGACGAUAAGCCUGGUGACACAUGUUCUUGGAAGUGUUAAGGUUAUCAUAGAGCAAGAGAGUUUCACCUUGGAAGUCCACAAUCUCUUAAAACAGUACAAAGGGAAUCUUCCCCUAGUGAACUUUGCUGCAUGUUACUGGAUCAAGUUCAACAAGCAUAUAGAGGUCGGUGUGAAUGGAAUACCUCUAGCAGAGGCCUUAGAGGCGGUACCUAAUGUACGUGUGACGUCGUCAGAAGCAGGCAAUGAAACCGUCUGCUGGGCUAAGACUGGGAUACGUAACGGCGGAGUCAUCUCUAAGCUGUUAGAACUGUCUGCUGAACUCCAAGAGCUGCUAAAGGCACAGCAAGAGUUCAAGCUUCCACUGAGUCAAGUGAUAUCAGCCUACCAAAAGUGGUUCAACAGACGGUUGCCAUUUGACCCUAUGGUGUAUGGGUUCUCGUCUGUGAGGGACUUACUGGAUGCCCUCCCUUCGGUCGUCGAGGUUAUAGAUGAUGGUAUGGAACGAUAUGUGAUGCUCACCAAGCGCCUCAGGGUCCUGGUAUUUGAGCAAGAUGUGCGGACGCUACUGGAGUGCCAGCCAGGCCAGACAUUGCUACUCACCGCCUUCAUGCCAGCUUAUAAAAGGUUCUUUGGACGCAAGUGUGAGGUGUCCGACUAUGGAUUUUCCAGGCUUCUUGAUCUCAUGGAUGCAGUCAAGCCUGCUGCACAGAUGCAAGGCACUGGUGACUCCCGCACCGUCCAUCUAAUAGAUAAAGCUUGCUACAAAGCAAACAAAAUCGAAAAUCGAAUGACGCUCCACAUCCUGUCCCGCGAGCUGCAGGAUCUCCUCGCCACGUGCCCGUCCCAGCGCCUCCCGGUCGCGCAGGUCAUGUUGAAGUAUGCAGAGUGUUACGGACAGUACUUCAAGAUUGGAGAGUGCGGAUACACACUGCUGGAGGAUUUACUAGCGGCUAUACCCACUGUACAGCUCAUAGAUAUAAACGGAGUGAAGUACGUCUGCUUGCCGGAGUCACCACCCCCCACGCCUCCCAGACACUCCCAAACAGCCCCACAACAAAGUCCCUUGAAGAAAAUCAGCACAAACCAGCAGUGCACUGAUACAAGUCAACCGAGAAAAGUUAGCCAGCUUAAAGGAAAUCAGCAGGUCAAAGUGACUGAUCUAUCCAGUCUACCUGUGAAAAACAAUUUAUGUCCAAGUCAAGCAGCUAAAGUGGGUCUCUUAGAAACUGAGACUGGAAAAGCAAAUAACUCUUCAAGCUUACCCCGUAAAACUGCAUCUGGAAAACCGACCCAGUCAGGUCCGCCUGGAAAAGUAGAGCACCCAUCAAAGGGAGUUCUGCUUGGAAAAGUAGACCAGCCAUCAAAGGCAGGUCUGCCUGGAAAAGUAGACCAGCCAUCUAAGACGAAACAGUCUUUUGGCCAAUCCACUAAAUCAUUACCUAAUACCCUUGUUGAUGAGAUAGCGGAACUUGUCAGAGAGCACGAUGGUCAGUUCCUGGUGGCAAGCCGACUCUCCGCUGCAUACAAGAAGAGAUUUAAUAGAAAGCUUCCUAUCGCUUUUAGUAAGAUAUGUGAAAUGCUGGAUUGCAGUGAGACCGAGUUGAAGAUCAAAGGAAAAGGCGUGGAUCAAAUAUUUUGUUUGACAAGAAAAACAGACUCAGAGCACCGUGCCCUUGACGCCCUUGCUGACGACAUUGUCACUAUCCUUAGGAAGUACCCCGGAUGCCGUGUUGCUCGCGCAGGUCUAUCCGAUAUUUACGCGCGUCACAAGGGCCAUGGCAUCAUGCCAAAGCGCUGGGGUUACCCCAAUAUUGACACUUUACUGGAGCAACUCAGCGACAUAGUGCAGGUUGUCGGCACUGGUGAACUGGCAGCCGUGUGCUUGCGACAGGAGUAUCUUCUCCGAUGUUUUGCUCGUCAAAUAGUCAACAUGCUGCACCACCACGUGACCUCACGGCCAAUCUUGGUCUCCUCCUUGAAAAAAGUCUAUGAAAAGACCACAGGGAACCCGCUACACCCUCAGCUGUAUGGCUACCAGAACCCCACUGAGUUACUUGAUGCCAUUGGUGCCGUAGUGGAGGUUGUUGGUGAAAACUCUAGGCAGCGCCUCUGCCUGACUGCUCUGCAGAUGUUUUCCAUAGAGACCAAGCAGCUCCUUCUACAAAACGAUGGAUGUGUCUCCCUUAACAGGUUCGCUCCGUGUUUCCAACAACUGUACAACCGGCCUUGCCGUGCUGCGGACUAUGGCUACGGUCGCAUCGCAGAGGUACUGAGUACCAUAUCAGGACUGGUGGACAUCAGGGGCGAUGGCGCUGAGAAGAUGGUCCUCUUGACAGAGGCGUCCGACGUGUUGCUUGACGAUAUCGGCGGCCAUGAGAGAGAUCAGGAGUCCAGCUCAAUGACAUCGAGUUCCGGGGAUACAACAAACAAAGACAACAGUGAUAGCGAGGACUCCGUGAUCGUGGAAGAAGAAAAAGAAGAAGAAGAACUGAAUGAGGAAGGAACUGAUGCAAGUGUUGUCAGUGGUGAAGAUUUGAUCAAGCUUGAGGAGGUAGCAUCGUCUUCCAAUACCUCUGAGGUCACCUAUGCCGAUGACUGGAUGAUGGCCCCAGUACCCCGGACCCUACCUGAACCGUUACUUUUCCCAUCUGCCCCUGCUGCACCCCCAGUAAUAGGGGACCUGAUUUCCUUCACCGAAUUUGAUCAUGAACUUUCUUUCGCCGGACUGGAGCCAGAGCUCGAACAGGCGGUACCAAGAGCCACACUAAAAAACAUCGGUUAUUUUAAGCCCAUUAAUUCCCAGUCGUCUCCGCCGCUUAGUGACCGUGAGGAGACUGUGCUGAGCCCAGGCCUUCGACAGCUGUCCGAAAUCGAGGCUGAGUUAUUAAACAACUCUGAAUGUUCCUCCCCAGCAGCUGUUUUACAAGCUAGGGAAACCAAUGGUCGAAGCCAGGACGUUUCCAGGAAUGCAGUGACGUUUUCCAGGGAACCAUCGCAUGCUUCUGACCAGGAUUUGUCCGAUAAAUCAUUAGAUAUUUCUGAAAAGGUUGCGAACCGGCAGACACCAGAUGCGUAUGGCAAGGAAAAGUCCAGACAGUCACCUGCAGAUAAAGGCAGGCGAACGCCUAUGGUUAAACUGGCUGUCAACUUUACCAUGGCCGGAAAGAAGUAGAUGAGCGCUCCAAUCAGAGCAUGACCCUAUCCGGAGACUGUACGGUCGGUAUCGGUAGCAUAGUACUUAGUACCUAGUACAGCGAUAGCUUAGUUUAGUCGAAUAUCAAUAUUUAUUUAGAAUUGAUAAUAAUAAUUGGGAUAAUGCUUAGAUAAUGCUCCUGGAAUUCUUAUUCAAAUCACUAUUUUGUUGGUUAAAGUAAGUUCAUUUUGUCUCGCGUUCCGUGAUCAUAAAAACGUUCAUCUUUUUUUGACACGUUAUGUAUUUUGGAAGAACACUGAAUUGUUUAGCAAGUUGUCUGCGUUGGCACGCCCUACAGCUUUUGGCCGUGCUAGGAACUUAUCAGUACCAUAAAAAAGGCAACCUCUACAAUGUCAAAUUGCUUCGAAGGCUUUGUUUUUCAACAGAGUCAUAAGGAAUUGACGAUUGUAAACAUCUUUGAUCACGAGUAUAAAUGCGCGCAAUGAACUUGGGUGACGUUUAGAAGUCCUUAGGAUGCAUGCCAUGACGUUACAAUACAUACUGAACAAAGAGAUGGUCCCCUGAACAAAUUAACCUUAUAAGAAUAAUGACCCUGAGUAUCAAGCGCACUUUAGUGCCUUAGAGAUGCGGGUUUGCCCUUAGUUUUAUCUUCGAUACGUGUUCUUGUUACCCUAAACGCUGGCAUGAAUUAAGGAAUUGUGUGUUUGGUGCUUCCGUUGAAAAAUUUGCAGGAAUUCAGGAAAUACUGACGUUAAGUGCUUGUUGACGUAUCUCACACUUUGCCUUUUCCUGUUAUUUUUCUUCCAUUUGUUUACCUUUCAGUGUUGUAUGGCUUGAGGGCUUUCUCUUACUGUACAGCUUAUGGGCCCAUCUUAGCGAACUGCUUAUGGACCUAUCUUAGCGUGUAGCUUAGGUGCUUGUCUUAGCGUACAGCUUAUGGGCCUGUCUUUGUGUACAGCUUAUGGGCCUGUCUUUGUGUACAGCUUAGGGGCUUGUCUUAGUGUACAGCUUAUGGGCCUAUCUUAGUGUACAGCUUAGGGGCUUGUCUUAGCGUACAGCUUAUGUGCCUAUCUUAGCGUACAGCUUAUGGGCCUAUCUAUGGGCCUACAGCUUAUGGGCCUAUCUAUGGGCCUACAGCUUAUGGGCCUAUCUAUGGGCCUACAGCUUAUGGGCCUAUUUAUGGGCCUAUCUUAGCGCACAGCUUGUGGGCCUAUCUUAGCGCACAGCUUGUGGGCCUAUCUUAGCGCACAGCUUGUGGGCCUAUCUUAGCGCACAGCUUGUGGGCCUAUCUUAGCGCACAGCUUGUGGGCCUGUCUUAGCGUACAGCUUGUGGGCCUGUCUUAGCGUACAGCUUGUGUGCCUAUCUUAGCGCACAGCUUGUGGGCCUAUCUUAGCGCACAGCUUGUGGGCCUAUCUUAGCGCACAGCUUGUGUGCCUAUCUUAGCGUACAGCUUGUGUGCCUAUCUUAGCGUACAGCUUGUGUGCCUAUCUUAGCGUACAGCUUGUGUGCCUAUCUUAGCGUACAGCUUGUGUGCCUAUCUUAGCGUACAGCUUGUGGGCCUGUCUGAGCGUACAGCUUGUGGGCCUGUCUGAGCGUACAGCUUGUGGGCCUGUCUGAGCGUACAGCUUGUGGGCCUGUCUGAGCGUACAGCUUAUUUACCUGUCUGAGCGUACAGCUUGUGUGCGGCCUAUGUUACAGUUAUAGACUUGGCCUUUGAGAGUUGUUGAAAUAAGAACUCUUUUGUCCCUCUUACAGAUAUUUUAUUGAGACAAAUUUCCUGGUAUUUCUUACCGUGUUUUGGGCCUUGGCAAUAUUAGAGGUUCUGCCUUAGCCCUCCUCCCCUCACCUUUAUCAGUUUAUUGAUGCCUGCUUAUCCGCCUCUACUGUGAGGCAUUCGUCAAGUGCCUCUGACCAGGAUUAUUGGAGAUUCUUUCUUUGACUCGUACGCCAGGAGACAAUGCUAUUAGCAGACUAUUUGAACUUCUUACAUGAAGGUGUAGCUCGUUGCUACGAAUUUAUCAUUGAGGUUUUGGGGGCCAUUGAAUACAGCCACGGAAUUUUGAUCCCUCCAUUAAAGUGGAGUGUCUAAAAUGUCACUCAUUGUUGGCUGGUAGAGCUUAUUUUCCCAUUAUUUAUGCAGAUAUGAGCUCUUUGCAUUUUGAUGGCCUCGUGUUUUUUUUCUUUCCAUCAUGAACUCCGAUUCAUCAAGUCCUCUGAUUGCUUCUUUGUAUUCUGUCUGAUAAAGUCCUUUAGAUUUCUUAUUUGAAUUCUAUCUGAAAAUGUCAUUUGAUUGCUUAUUGAAUUCUGUUUGAUAAAGUCCUCUGAUUGCUUCUUUAAAUUCUAUCUAAAAAUGUCAUCUGAUUGCUUAUUGAAUUCUGUCUGAUAAAGUCCUCUGAUUGCUUCUUUGAAUUCUAUCUGAAAAAAGUUUUCUUUCUGCAUAUUUUUGUAAAGAAAAUUCAAAAGUUGUUUAUAGCUGGGUGAUUUUGAGAACGAUUGAGUCGUUUUGAUUAAACGACUCAAUCCUUCCUGCUUUUAUGAACAGUUUUGAAACAAUUGCUACAUAAUACUUUCGUUUUAUUUUUGUAAAAAAUAUAAAAAUAUAUUUGUAUCAGCCCUGUUUUGUCUAGCGGGACGCCCCGAAUGUACAUCACGUGCGUUCUACUGUGCGCGCGCAUAGACAUCAUAGCAUAUUUGCGCCUGUGCUACCCCCGCCAUUCUUAGAAGACGACAUCUGAUUGGUUGUCUGGAGUGGUUUGAUUGUGGGUUGUUUUGCUAUGGGCUGAGGUGUUGUGUUUGAAUGUGUUGUGUUUUCCUCAUAGUAUUCUAGUUACUUUAGCGAAACCUUCAUCGGGAGUUUUCAUGAUCUUUCCUUUAGCAUGGUUUAAAUAAUAGUAGCGUACUCUAUACCUGUCUUCUAACAGAUGCCUUACUUUAGUUGAGACCUCCAGUGAGGUCAUCCUUAAAAAUCGCAGUCUCACUUUAUAAUAUGCUACAGUGUAGGAUUUAGAUCUUAUUGAUAAAAAAAUUUAGUUGUCUCCAUGAUAACUUAGCUAUCGCCUUUGAAACAUUUCUGAUUUAAUUAUUUUCUUACUAGGUUUAGUCGUUGUUAAAUUCCUAGAUUUUUAUCAGCUGCCAUUUAUCUUCUCUAUUUGUGUUGUGAAUGUCUUUUUUUAUUUCAUCUUUGUUGUUGUUGGAUAGACAAGCAGGUAAUAUCCUUCAGUGUUUAGCGGUAGACACUAGAAUACCCCAGGAUAUAUUAGUUGAUAACAGUUUGAGCUUGGUACAUAGUAAUAUAAUGUCCCUUGUUUAAAUUAUAGCACGGCAGGAGUAAGGGGUCUGAAAAUAACGUAUGUAGUGGAUAUUAAAAGUCGCAGACACGAGAUCAAGGAGAUUUUCCGAGAAGUUUGGUCAUCAAGGAGAUUUUCCAAUAUGUUUGGAGGUCAAGGAGAGUUUUUGAUAAAUUUCGGAGUCUUGGGGGGCUCCUCUGAUAGGUUAUGGAGUUCAAAGCAGUUCAAAGCGGUUUUUUUAUAAGUUUGGAACUUAAUUUGAAUUCCCAAUAACUUCUGGAGAUCAACGCGAUUUUUCAAUAAGUUUGGGAUUUAUUUCUGGAUUCUUCUAUUUUUCACUUGUAUUUUGGCACUGUUUUUGCGUUUCUCCAUGUUACAUCGUUCUCACGAUGUAGUUCUUGCUUUUCUUGCCAUUAAUUGUCAGCUAUUUGACUUAUUUGAGUUGAAGCGGUGGGAGGGAUGACAACUCUCUGACCAAAGGCUGAUUGUUAGCCAUUAAAAAACAAUAUUUAUUCCCUCCUACUCACGUCCGCAAAAGUCAAAUAGCUGACAUUUCUUUCACUACAAUAAUAUACGCUAUUUAUUGUACGGAAAAUUUUGAUCAAUAAAUAUGAUUGUACCUGUUCAUA